CCUGACCAAGCAGUGUCACGUGAUCCGCGCUCCAUUCUCGCCAUUUUGAGCGCAGCGUGAGAAAAAAGUGAGAGAGUUUUUUUUACUGCCUGAGAGUAAAACCUGCGAAUCACAAGCGCCGGGGGGCCAAAGAUCACUCAGAGUUGCCGCAUCAGUAUGGAGGACAGCAGUGGGGUUGCCAUCCUAGUCCCUUGCUCCAGGGAUCAUCAAGAUGUCUUCAUCCCUGAUUCACACAUUCAUGAUGUGGAAGAAGAGCAGGAGCAGCACAAGCAGGCUGCAGAUUCUCUCAUCCAAGUGAUUGAGAAGCUCAGUAAGAUAGUGGAGAAACGGCCCAGGCGAUGCACUCUCUCUGGAAAAAAGCGUCCUUCCAUGACUUGUGCCUCAGUGAUGGUGGCGGAUAGCAGAGAGGGCAGUGGAGGGGUUUCACCAUCCAAAAGAACCAGGGAGCAUGGAGAGGAGUGCCAGGAUCUCAGUUUUGCAUCAGUGCCCAUCAAAGAGCAGGACCUUAUUAACAGAAGUGCCCGCAUGGUUACCUGCUACCAGUGCAGCCUGUGUCGCUUCCUUUCUCCCACACUGAGUGCUUUGAAAGAGCACAUGAAGCAGCAUGAUGAGCAGCACAAUGAUCUCAUUCUCAUGUGCUCGGAGUGUUGUUUUACUUCCAACCAUCAGGAGGAGCUAGAAGCGCAUAUCAGGCUCCACUUUGAGGAUAGCGACUGCGCCAAGAGGUCCCCUGCAGAGCAGCAGACAGUAAAAGGAAAUCUGCAGGGAAGAAUGGGGUUCUCCACCGUGAAAUCUGAGACUGAAUCAGAGAAAAUGCCAGGAGCCCCUAAGAAGUGGUACAGCUAUGAGCAAGGUCGGUAUCGCUGCCUGAUAUGCAGUUAUGAAUGCGGGCAGCAGCGAAAUUUGAAAACGCAUGCCUGGAAGCAUGCUGGCCUGGUGGACUGCUCAUAUCCUAUAUUCGAAGAUGAUACUGACCAGCAUGAGGCUCACCCUUUUUAUAACCUGAACAGAAACCCAUCCUUAGAGCAGUGUAAAAAGCAGGAGGCUAUUGUGGUUCUUGCACCUGUUGGAGAACAAGCUCAGGUUCUGCGCAGUGCCACCUCCAUUCAGCUGGAACUGUGUGCAUCAACAAAUGUGAAAUGUGAGGGUGAUGUGGUGGCAGAGAGAGUGGAGGAGCUUGACAACCCUAUGCACAAUGUUUUCUCUGUCGAAGGAGCUCUGUCAGAGGAGCCCCCAGGAGAGGUUCAAGUGACUCCCGAGGCGCAGAUGGAGCUGGAGUUGGAGACAGAAAACCAGCAGACUAACACUGACAGCUUGUUGUCUUCAGUACAGAAGAUAAUCAGCUCCAGUGGAAACAGUGCCGGCCAUGUCAACGUCAUUGUGGAGAGGCUGCCCUGCACUGAAGAACCUGUAGCCAGCAAGCCUCUGCUCCUGAGCCCAGAGGUGGCUGGAUACAAGACCCUACUAGCUUCCCAGGAGGUGGGAAUUGAGAGCCAAUCUCACCCCAUGUACUGUGAGGAGCAGGUUCUGAUUGACUGGAAUGGCAGUGACGAGCAUCAGGAAAUGGAGAGUCAAGAGUCUGAUCCACCUCCGGUUGAGAAUCUGCCUCCAGCUCGUAGGAGGACACAUUCGGAGUGCUUGCGGUUGCACUCUUUGGCGGCUGAAGCCCUUGUGGCUAUGCCAUUGAGAGCUCCGGAGUUGAACAAGUCUGCUGUUAAGGCCACUUCGAGUGUGAUCUCUGACACAGGCCAGAAAAUACUUGAUCUGUCUGCUGCUUCUGCUGUAUCCAACACAAAGGUACCUUCAGCAGAGCUGGUGGCUGGGAGGCCAGGGUCAGCCACCCUUCUGAACCUCAGCCAGGGUUCCAGGGAAAAAUUAAUGUUGGAAGGACCUUCAAAAGCUGGUAUCAGCACAUCUUUACUGACUGUCAUUGAACGGCUACGAGAAAGGUCGGAUCAGAAUGCCUCCGAUGAAGACAUUCUAAAGGAGCUACAGGACAAUCCGCAGAUUCUGAAUGGCAGUAUGGCUACAGGGGAGGUGGAUGUGGCAGGUGAUUCUUCCUCCACAGAAGCUGAUCUGGUGGAGUACGUUGCUGGGAGUGACAGACCCUACCGCUGCCGUCUGUGCCUUUUCAGCAGUGGCAACAAGGGCUACGUCAAGCAGCACCUGCGUGUUCACAGGCAGAGGCAGCCUUACCAAUGCCCCAUCUGCGAGCACAUUGCCUCUGACAGCGAUGAUCUGGAGAGCCAUAUGAUCCACCACCGCAAGAGCCGCAUGUACCAGUGCAAGCACUGCAACGAGAUUUUUCACUAUAAGAGUCAGCUGAGGAACCACGAGAGAGAGCAACACGGAAUAAGUGACACCGCGGCAGCCCUCACGCCUGUUGGCGAAACCAAAGCGAACAUGGACGAGUCUGAAAAGAUGAUUGAUGAGGACUGUGUCAGCGAGCCGAAAGUGUAUAAAUGUGACAUGUGUGACUACACCAGCUCUACCUACGUUGGAGUGCGGAACCAUCGCAGGAUUCACAGUUCAGACAAACCCUACAGGUGCUGCAGCUGCGACUUCGCCACCACCAACAUGAACAGCCUGAAGAGCCACAUGAAGAGACACCCACAGGAGCACCAGGCUGUGCAGCUGCUCGAGCAGUACAGGUGCUCCCUCUGUGGAUACGUGUGCAGUCAUCCUCCAUCCCUCAAGUCCCACAUGUGGAAACACGCUGGGGAUCAGAACUAUAACUAUGAACAAGUGAACAAGGCCAUCAAUGAGGCCAUCUCUCAAAGCAGCCGGUCUCCUGUUGUGCCUUCAAAAUCAGGCCCGGAUCCAUCCAUAGACCGUCCAUACAUCAUUCUGAGCCAGAAGGAGAAGACAUCGCCUCCUUCAGCCCCGAGAAUGCUGGGGGUAUCGGUGAGGAAAGGAGGCACAGGGCUUCCGCCAGCAGGCAUGGAGUACUGCGUGCUGCUCUUCUGCUGCUGCAUCUGCGGCUUCGAGUCCACCAGUAAAGAACAGCUGAUGGAGCACAUGAAGGAGCACGACAUCUUCAGCAUCAUGCUGAGCAAGGAGCAGCAGGGAAGCCAGGCUUCUGAGGCCAGCCCAGCGCAGUGAGGGAAAUCAGUGUACACACAUACAGUAAAUCUCUUAAAAUUAGAGCCAGUAACUUUUUUUGCACAUUUUUUUUUCUUUAAUGCUUUUGAUACACUGCUUUACAGAUACAGAAUUUCUGCACUCUUAUUGUAUCUUUUCUUUCCCCUUUCUUCUCUUUCUCGAUGUCAUUAAGGUUUGUUCAAACAUAAUUCAAGAUUCAAAUGUUUCUUCUGAAAUGUUUUCAGACUGGUUUUUAAAAUUAACCAAGGAAACAUUUCAUAUUGUAAUAUUAUAGGUGAAUAUUUUCGACUGAAUGGCAUUUCAUACCUCAUGAAGCCACUUUUUUACAUGGUAUACAUGAAGAUCUUUCUGGUUAAUCAUCCACAGGGCAGCUUCUCUACUUCAUUGUAAUUUUAUUUAUCAGUAUUGUUUAUAUAGUCUUCAUGGUAAGGGAAGAAAGGAAAAAGUAUAGGUUAAUUGCCUUCUCGUUUGUCAAUAUUUGUGUUAAUAUUUAUCACGAUAAUUUAUAUCUUUGCAUGUACCCUUCCGUUAUGCUCACAGAAAGAGAACGGAUUGAUGCAAAUCCGUUCUUUUUUUGGUGCUAUUGACGCUUUCUUCGGGUCAUUUGGAGUGAAAGAAGCGUCACUUCAGGAAUGUAUCUUAAACCUACAGAUAAGCCAGUUGGAUGUGUGUGUUUAUCUGCUAGUACUGUUUAAAUACACAGUCACAAGACAUUCUAAUGGUCACUGGUCCAAAAACAAUCAGGUAAUAAAACUCCAUCCAAGACGAAUACUGCAGCGAAAGCCAAGUACAAUGUCAUACAUUAACCGUGAGGGAUUAUAACACGACCAUUUAAAGACUUGUGCAUUGGAUAUGGUGAUGUAUUGUAAUAUAAGUAACAUUUAUUAAAAGAUAUUUCCGUUUUCUUUCAUAGGACACCAUUGUCUUACUAGUAACAUAGCUUAAUGCUAAGUUCUUCCUUUUGUAUGUAAACAAAUACAGAAACUUGACUUUUUCCUUCGUUUUUUUUUUUUAGUUUACAUUUAAAAUUUAUGAUGUGAUUUUUACAAUUGAUAGGCCACAAAUGAUUAUUUAUAUAUAAAAUGUUUCUGUACGACUUUUAAACAUUGAUGGCUACCUCUGGUCAAAAUGUUCCCAAAAACUUCAACUUGAUAAAAUUAGUCUUAUGUUACCAAGGGAUAAUUUGCAUACCUUUAUUGAUUUCAUGCCAACAGUUAAGAAAAAUGAAAUCCAUAAUUCAUGGGCUUUGAGAUUGCAUUUGGGGAGAACAAUGUAUCAAGCAAAGUAAAUUAUUUUAUGUAAGAAUAUCUCUCUAGCACGCCAAAUUAUGAAUAUCUCAGCCUAAUUUACAGACGGAAGAGCAUGCAUCAGAAAGAUAAUGACUUAGUAUGCAUGUGGAGCAUGCAAUCACUUGAGCUCAUUGUGCAUUUUAAUCACAGUAAUUUGAGUUUAGCUGGGAUGCUCGGAAACCUUGUACGUUUCGGAAUUGCUUUCCCAUUUGGUUUUUAACACGCAUACAUCCAGUCAAGCGAUGUAGAUGCAAUCAGAUGUUGAGUGUAUGCAUUCUGAAUGCAAUUUGCUGUUUUGCAGUUCUCGUUAAUAAUGGAACAGCUUAUUAAUCUAUAUAGACUGUAGGAGAAGGUGGAGGAAGCAGAGGAAAGUGAAAGUAUAGCUAGUUUCGUAUGGUUUUUGGAGAUCAAAUAACCUUUGCCAUUAUUUGUGUAUUUAGCUUCAAUUCUGCACCCACUGAACUCGCAUACCUACAUACCAUGCAUCACAUUUUCUAAAAAAUCUCCGAACAUGGGUGCUCAGUAAGUUGUGCCUUCCAUUUUUACUCCUGAUUAGUUCCCUUUUAAAUUUAAGCCAAAUGUUGCCCCGUAACUGGUUGCGACUGAAUUAGGCCUUGACUCUAGGAUUUUGUUCUCAUAAUUUCUGCAGUGUAUUGACACAUGGUACUGUAGUAUGGCUUUAUACAUCACUGACUGUGUAUAUACUGAUAUAUUUUUUAAGAAUUUCUAUUUUAAGGCAACUUGUAAACACACUACAGGGGGAAAAACAAAAAAAAACAAACAAACAAAAAAAGGAGUAUCACCUAGCCAAAGCGUAUCAAAAAUGAUCCUCUUCUACUGUAGUCCUGAGUAAUGGAAAGGUUAUCAUCAGAAGUUUGUAAUGCUGCCAAAGGAGGAAGAGCACAGUAGACUUUAACAUUGUUAAUGCCUUUCAGCACUAUUUUUCAAGUUCAUAUUGUAGUGGUCGUGCAGGGCCAUAUUUCACAAACCUAGUGUUCCGUUCGUUUAUUUAUUUACACUUCAUAGACUGUAAAAUGUUAUGACUUGUAUUUUUGGUAUUAAAAACUGAACAAUGACAUCAA